AUGAGCUAUCGACCUGGUGACGAACUACCAGCACCAGCUGGAGAUAUUCCUCGUGACAGAGCCCGCUCACGUUCUCCACGACGAGACAGUGGUGGUGUCAAAGAUUACGAGUAUCCUGAUCCAUAUCAUUCAUCAACUCGUUCCGAUGAUAGAGGAGGAGGAGCACCGCCAUACUAUGGCGAUCGCAAUGGAGGUUAUGGAUAUGGCUAUAACGACAGAUAUGAUGAUGGAUACCGUGGAGGUUAUGAUGAUCGAAACAAUGGAUAUGACAAUGGUGGUUCUUAUGACAAUCGACGUGAUUCUGGACGUUAUGAUUCUCGAUACGAUUCUGGUGGUGGUGGACGAUAUGACUCUGGAGGUGGAAGGAGUAACCGUGGAUAUCGAGACAGUCGCCAUUCAUCACCUCGUCCUCGCAGAGAGAUCAUCAAAGGAGCUGAGAAUGACAGAGCGACAACUACAACACUGUUUGUAGGCAACUUGCCAUAUCGCUUUGAAGAACGAGAUAUUUCAGAACUGUUUGGGCGCUAUGGCCCAAUCAAAUCUAUCAGUGUCCCUUUUGAUCGUCAUACUGGAAGGAACAAAGGGUUUUCAUUUGUGGAGUUUGAAGAUCGACGAGAUGCGCAAGACGCAUUUGAAAAAGUACAAGGCUUUCCAGUCGAUGGCAGAAAGUUGAAAUUGGAUUGGGAUGUUGGUCUACAGAAAAAAGAUGAAUUGAAAGGUCGAACCUCUGCUGCUCCUUCAGAUAGAGGGAGAGGAGAUCGACGAGAUAGUAGCAGUAUUAGAGGAGAUGAUACUGGUGGUGGUGGUGGAGGAUCAAGAACUUUUGUUGAGCCUGCUCGAGAUCCCCGACUUUCAAAUGCGCCCCCACCCCCACCAGGAGCUUUUUGA